AUGUUCGACUUUCCCCUCUCUCUCCAGCACCAUCACCACCCCGCACCCUCUCACAAUAUGCUCAUCCCCAUUCAGCUCAUUCUUACCGGUCUCCUGGCGCUCCUGGCGGCGCUGCACGGACCCGACCUGCUCGACGUGCUCGGCAUCGACGUGCUCAUUGAUGGCGUCGUCACCGGUGUCGUCGUUGCUCGCGACCGCACGAACUAUCUCGUUCGGACAGUUGUCGACUCCGCGGUGUCGAGCACGGUUAAGCUGCUCGACGCCCUUCCUCAGGCAACCCUCCAAGACUGUGGUCGCGUCGACGUUGUCUAUGUACCGGUGUUCGUGGGCAACGUGUCAAUGGACCUGGAUGACAUGGUCUGCCCCGCCGUCUGGGGCGUGUUCAUGACGUCCGACAUUGUUCUUCCCGCGGCCUCAGCAUCGUCAAGCCUGCUCAUUGAGGGCCGUGAUGCGUCGUUCGCACCGCUCGUCAACGUUGUCAACACAUCCCAGCCCUUACCGUGGACGCUCUUCACGGCGCAGCCUGCCUCGACCGUCGGCGUCUUCACGAUGCCCUCCACACACCCACUCGAGGGCAUCACCUUUUUUGGUCUCAUCUCCGGUCUCCUAAUCAUGCCAGUGGUCGCUGUCGCGUUCCUCGUGAAGCACAGGGUGACAUCCAAGAUCCGGAAGCAGUUGAACGUCGAAGCGGGGCCUAGAGCCUCUCCGUUCAACCCAGCUAUUCCGGACACACCCAAGGUAAUAUUUCAUGAACCUUCAAAGCCGCACACCACCACAUCGGAGACCCCCGAGACUUUCUACGUCGACCUCGAGUACACCCCAGACCCUGUCGAGUUCAUGUUCGUCUUCACUGACGUGUCCGACUUUCUUCUGGGACUUGUGAAGGACGUCGUCUUGCCUUCAUCAAUCUCGGAGGAAGACGAAACACUUGGAAACUUCAAUUCUUUCUACGAGAUUAUGGCCGAGCUCAAACUGGUUCCAUCGGUUCUCGAGAGUGUCGAUGCGUGUGGGCAGCAGAGUCCGGUACUCUUGUCCCCGUCGACACCCUCUAAUCUUGUGGAAGACAUUCAAGUGUCCUCGUCCCCAAUCGUUCAAGACAAUAUUCCUACGACUGUCCCUAAUACAACUUCCCCUGCCCCACCCGCGGCAUCGUCCCCGUCGCCUCUUCUCCCCGCUUUCUCCCUCUCCCUGCUACCUGGCUCCAAGUCGCUCAUUGCGCAGCCAUCCACACGGUCCAGCAAGUCAUGGACAUGGGCAAUCGAUCUCUACCUGAGCAUCCGCUCACAGAAGAUGCAGGAUAGCGAGCCAGCUCAGUCCGCAUCUCCAGACCCGACGAGGUACCGUGAGAUGCCGUACUGCAGGAAUGGCGAACUCAAGGAAGGCAUCGUCGAUACGCACGUCGGAUGGAACGAGCCACUCGCGUUCCCAGACGCGGCCGAGGAGAACGAUCCGGUACCGCGGUCGGUGGCACGAGAGCGGCUCUACGAUGUGAUGCAUAGCGGCGUCGCGCGCAAGACAUCCGGCGCGAGCGUCGAGCCAAUGCACAACCCAAGGACGCGGAGACGGAAGCGACGAAGGAAGGGCGACGCACCCAAUGUCACAGAAUCGAGCGGAGCGACAGCUGAUAGUGAGGCGCUUACUACGUCUGCGUCUGCCCCAGAGGCCGCACAGCCCGUUGCGCGAGUGCCUCUCCGGCAGAGGCCCCUCAUCGCGCGCGCUGGACUCGCUGCGAUCCGAGGCGUACUGGUGCCUUCGCCUCGCCGUCCCAGAGCAUCGGCUGUCGCUCCCGUCUCUCCCGUCGCCCCUCCCCCGCCUCCGCCAAGGAUCACAUCGAUUGUGGUCCACAAUGCAAUCCCAUCCUCACAGCCUGGUCUGCUUCCUCCUAGAUCCCCCAUCCUCCCUCCUUCUGACGACCCCUGGAAACCCUUAAUCCGCUCCGACGAGUCCUCCUCCCCCUCCGCUGCCUCCUCCAAACUGCCUACACCUCGUGUCCGUGUGCCGCCUCCCUCUCAUGAACCUCCCAACACACCUCGUGGACCUGCUAUGACUGUGGAGCAAUCUCUGUUUAAUGUGCCUGUCCGCGUCGUUUCUGGCAAGCGAGGCAAGGGCAAGCAAGUGUCCCAGCCAAUGGUGUUCCACGAUGCGCUCGACUCGCUUCAGGAACUUCCCAAAGAAUCCAUCGCCCCUGCCACCAUGUAA